AUGAAUAGAGACUGGAGAAGAGAGCCGAGGAUGCCGAGGAUGUACCGUGAAUUCUCCCCGGAGAUGGAUCUCUCAGAUUUCUCGAUGCCGAUGCCGAUGCCGAUGGAAGUCGAUCAUGACUUUGAAUCCGCCGACAUGUACGACGACGGCGAUGAAGGAGUGCGUUUCUCAUUCCCGUCGAAGCUCCCAUCCAUCGAUUUCUUCAACUGCUUCGAGGAUGAUUUCGACGAUUCCGAUAUCAACUGA